AUGUCGAGGGCACACAACACACGAGCGGCGGCGGAAGGUGUGGAUUGUCUCAGGACGGCAGGCUCAGGGGCGGGCGGAAGGGGCGAUCUCCAGGGCAACGGCGGGCGAAGCAUGCCGUGCAAGUUUGACGGCAGCGGAUGCCGAGCAAAGCACCAUCGAUCCACUCACUCGCGCCGAGCCGAGGAUUCGAGCUGCGUUGAGGCGUCGCGCGCUGUCCCUGCCGCUGCGCUUGUUGAAACCUUGCGCGACCCUCGAAACUACCGCAGCAUUGUCGGCGUCACUCAUGCAUACGGUGCAUGCUGGACUCGAUCGUCACCUGGCGUGCGAGAUGAUGGGCUGAACCCGACCGACGGCGUCCACCCACAAUCGUGCGCCAAGGUCGGCGUGCUCGCACGCAUUGAUGCACCCCAGCCUGCAGGCGUGCUUUUCGUUGGCGUCUCAAUGCAGCCAUCCCCACGCACCAGAGUCAAGGCUGACCCGCGUGUCAGACGACGCACCAGUCCCGCCAAGCCCACACUUGUCGUGGCUCGAGCUGGCAACAUGUUGAGGCGUGCAUUGAGAAAAGCUGCCAAGCUUCGGGAAGCGGCUCGGCCUUCGUCGAUAACAAAAGUGCAAGACCAGCGCAGAGUCAAGGCUGUGUACGCGACAGGCCCAAAAGCGCAACACCGCGUGUGCGCCUACAGAGGUGCAGAAGCGCAUGCACCCCUGAACGCAGCCAUGUCGAUCAUCUUGCAGGCGACCACGCCGCCGUCUCAAAGCAAUGUCACUCCCGAAAAGGAUGGCAAUCGCAGAAGAAAUCGAAGUCAGUCGGAUUCAUCGGGCGAUUUCAUCACCGAUCUGUCAAUGUCACCAGCCUCGUCGGGAGUCGGCAAUUCGAAGGCGCUGAAUUUUCCCCCUCUCGGCUGGGAUUUUUUCCUGCCCUGCUCGGAGCUUCGCCAGGGUCCACGCAAAGCCAGGAGGAGCUCGACACCCUCAUCCGUUGCUCCCAUUUCCGACACCAUCACCGGCAACAUCCCUUUCAACACGUCAAGAUGGAUCUCGGAGCGUUCGAUAAAGAAAAAGUCGGGUCCUACGCAUCCAUACUCACGAAGAGCCACGCAGCUGGCCAGAGUAGCACAUCGCAAGGACAAGCUCAACACCGCCAAGGCUAUCCGCGGUCGCUCGUCCAACGCAAAGGUCGACCGUCUCUCCACCCUCAUCCUCAUGCUUCCCGACGAGCUCGAUGCGUUGCCCGAUCUGGCUGCCGUCCAUGCUUUCGUCGCAGACACCUUCCUCACACGCCACGAGGACGAGCUCCAAGAACUCAAAGCAGAGCGCAGGCCGGGUCGUCCCCCACACAAGCGCGAGCUCGAGAUCAAGGAGCUGAUGGCAAAGGAGAACCAGGAAUACCUCGAGGGCUUUGAGCUCCCAGACCUCACCAGCGCCACAAACGUCAAAUUGCUGCGCGACUGGCAGGGCGACCCGCAGGCUUUGCCCCUGUUCCGUAUGGUGCGCAUCAGCGCCAGAUACCCUGAACAGUCCAAGCUCAUGCAUCCUGGCAACCACAAGCUCUUGCAGCUCGAGCUGAAGCAGCAGCAAGACGCAACCUCGGCCGACGCCGCCGCCGACAUGGACACCACCACGUCCGACUCCCAAGAUACCAGCUCUUUCCAGCGCGUUGGUGAAUUUGCACAGAUGGGCUGA